UGGACUCCCCUUUCUUUUCUAUUCUUUUCCACAACAAACUUCACCGCCACAAUGUUCCAAAACACCGCCACUACUUCUUUUCCUUCUUCUUCUUCUUUACCACCAUUCUCACUUUUUCUUCUUCUUCUUCUUCAACCAUGGGACACUCUUCCAAACACUACCCACGUUCCCCCACUUACCUCUACCCCUCCGUCGUCGCUCUCUCCCUCUUCUCCAUCACCGUGCUCCUCCUUUACAAGGUAGACGACGUCGUUUCCCGCACCGGCACGGUGGUCGGACACAACCUAGAACCGACGCCGUGGCACGUUUUCCCACACAAGACCUUCGACGAAGAGUCCCGCCAUGGCCGCGCGUACAAGAUCAUACAGUGCUCUUACCUGACAUGCCGCUACUCCAGCCCCGACGGCGAUGAGGAGCGUCGCCGAUUUGAAGCCGCCGCCGCCUCCGGUGGCGGCGACUGCCCGGAUUUCUUCCGGGCGAUCCGGAAGGAUCUGGAGCCGUGGGCGGCGACCCGGAUUUCGAGGGCGCACGUGGAGGAGGCGCAGAAGUACGCGGCGUUCAGGGUGGUGAUUGUUGGAGGGAAGAUGUUUGUGGAUUGGUACUAUGCUUGUGUGCAGAGCAGAGCCAUGUUCACGGUUUGGGGGAUUUUGCAGCUUCUGAGGAAGUACCCUGGGUUGGUGCCUGAUGUGGAUUUGAUGUUUGAUUGCAUGGAUAAGCCUACUAUCAACAGAACUGAACACCUGUCAAUGCCAUUGCCACUGUUUCGAUAUUGCACCACCAAGGAACACUUUGACAUCCCUUUCCCUGAUUGGUCUUUCUGGGGUUGGUCAGAGAUAAAUAUACGUCCAUGGCAGGAGGAGUUCCCGGAUAUCAAGCGAGGUUCUCAAGCUGUGAGUUGGAAAAAUAAGAUGGCAUGGGCAUACUGGAGAGGAAACCCAGAUGUUGCAUCUCCGAUUCGUGUUGAAUUACUAAAUUGUAAUGAUACUAGGAUGUGGGGAGCACAAAUUAUGCGUCAGGAUUGGGGUGAAGCUGCAAGAAGUGGCUUUAAGGAGUCUAAACUUUCAAAACAGUGUAAUCACCGGUAUAAGAUUUAUGCUGAAGGGUAUGCAUGGUCUGUGAGUUUAAAAUAUAUUCUCUCGUGUGGUUCCGUUACGCUAAUUAUAUCACCCUCCCAGUAUGAAGAUUUUUUCACUCGAGGCCUUAUUCCAAGACAAAACUCUUGGCCUGUUGAUCCUCUAAAUCUAUGUCCAUCUAUAAAGAAUGCUGUCGACUGGGGAAACCAACACCCACGAGAGGCCGAGGCUAUAGGUAAAAGGGGGCAGGAUUUUAUGGAAAGCUUGAGCAUGGAUCGAAUUUAUGAUUACAUGUUGCACCUUAUAUCGGAAUACGCAAAACUACAGGACUUCAAGCCUUCUCCACCCCCGACCGCCCUGGAAGUCUGCUCAGAAUCGGUGCUUUGCUUUGCUGAUGACAAGCAGAGGAUGUUCCUGAGCAAGUCAACUACCUCCCCUUCACAAACCCCUCCUUGCACUCUCAAACCUGCCUAGAGUGAUCUCAGCUGUAGUUUACAGCACAUAAAUACUAAGCAAUGGAUAUGGAACAUCCAAGAACCUGAAAUCACAGCGAGCUGGUGUAUAGUUCAGUGAGUGCCAUUUUGGUGUAAAAAGUUAAGUACAUUGUUAAAUGUUGUAAGUUUAUAAUGCCUUGUAGUUAAUCAUUCACAAGAUUUUGCUUUUGUAAUAGUUCAUCAUCUUUUAAUAGAGCAUACAGCGCGGGAAUGCGGGAAUUCUCAUUUUCA